UCCUGACUGUCAUCGUUGGCACCUUGAUGUUAGCGGCGUUCGUGUCAUUCCCGAGCAAGCAUCUGCCCUGGAUGAUGCUGCCCAUCGGCUAUCAGGGUUCCAGGAGAGGGCCCCUCACUUUUGUGAACGUGAACAACACUCUUUCGUCUCUCGUGCAUGCUACCUUCUUCCAGCGAGGGAACAGUACUUCUCACCUCCUGCCAGGGGACUCAGACUUUCCCUACGAGGAACCUAACACUGAAAACAUGACCACAGAACCUACACAUUUCUUUACCGAGACGCCCAAGGAGAAGGACGGACUUAAUGCGUACAACCCUCCACUAAAGAAGAUUUUAUUUUGGAACGAAGUAUACGAUAACAAGUUCUUUUAUUUUGGAUUUGGUCGUCAGCCGUUCUUAUACGCCGGCUGUCGUGUAGACACCUGCGUGACCACGGGCGACCGAUCCAGGUUCCCACUCAAGGAUAUUGAUGCUGUUUUAUUUCACUAUAGGUCAUUUGACACUUCCUUCCCGGCACAAAGGUUUGCUCACACACGUUACAUCUUCUGGCUGCUAGAAUCCCCAGCUCAUCUAUUUCGAGACAUCGUACCAUAUACCAAUGUCUACAACUGGACCUUCACCUACAAACUUAACUCAGAUUUCGCAAUGCCGUACGGCCGUGUAUACAGACGCAAGAAGCCCUUGGGACCAGACACCAAGAACUACGCUGCGGGCAAGACUAAGUUUGCUGCGUGGUUUGUCUCCAACUGCAAUACAAUUGGUGGCAGAAAGCUGUUGGUCAAUACGCUAAGACAAUGGAUUCAGAUCGACCAGUACGGUGGCUGUGGUGAUCUCCGAUGUCCAAAGGAUAUGGGAAAAUCGUGCUACGCUAUGGUGUCGAAGAACUACAAGUUCUAUCUCUCUUUUGAGAACUCACUGUGUCAAGAUUACGUCACAGAGAAGUUCUUCAAUAUAUUAAGGUUGGAUGUAAUUCCUGUAGUAUAUGGAGGCGCCAAUUACUCCCUUCAGGCGCCGCCACACUCUUACAUUAACGCCCUCAGCUUCCCCACAGCCAAGGCGCUGGCACACUACCUCAUCUACCUCCAUAAUAACGACACCGCCUACAAUGAGUACUUCAGAUGGAAGAGGUUUCAUCGGAUUCCGCUGGACUGGGCAACAUUUUCAAAGCCAUACUGCGACCUGUGUGAGCGACUCCACACAGAUAAUAGCACUAAAAUGUAUAAUCUGCAGAAAUGGUUCGUUGAGGAUUCCCACUGCAAGACCAAGCACGACUUAGAUAUCAGCGAUUUCAUUAAUGGAUAAAAGGCAUUGAGGAUGGUAGCAUCACAAACCACUUCCCCUGAACCAUCAUUGAGGAUGGUAGCAUCACAAACCACUUCCCCAGAACCAUCAUUGACCUCCAGGAAUAACGACUAAUGGAAUUCAUUGUGAAGUUUGCAAAUGGAUUAGUCCUCUGGAAAAUUUACAAUGUUGAUUCACGUACAUGGAAUCAUUCAGGUUGAAAGUCACCUGUACAUUAACAUCAAGAAUGCUCUCAUAGGUAAAAUAACUUUAAAAAUAGUAUUAUAUAUGCAACUACUGUAUAAAUGUACAUAUAUUAAAUAAAGGUAUAAAUGAUUACUC